CCCCGAAGACCCCGCCCAUGUCCUGGGCGGGGCGAAGGGGCACGGGCUGGGGGAGUUACUAGAGGCCCAGUCUCCGCGCCCCUACUCCGCCGCCUGGUAUUCACCUCGCCAUGGUCCUUCUGCCUCUGCGCUGUCUCUUCUGGGGCUCCUUGUUGACCGCCGUCCACCCAGAACACACUGCAUGCAGAGAAAAGCAAUACCUAAUAAACAGUCAGUGCUGUAAUUUGUGUCCGCCAGGAGAGAAACUGGUGAAUGACUGCACAGAGACCAUCAACACAGAAUGCACUCGCUGCAAAACAGGCGAAUUCCUAGGCACUUGGAACUCAGAGAGACACUGUCACCAGCACAAAUACUGCGAUCCCAACCUAGGGCUCCGGGUCCAGAGGCAGGGCACCUCAGAAACAGACACCACUUGCACCUGCCAUGAAGGUCUCCACUGUACCAGCAAUGCCUGUGAGAGCUGCACCCUACACACCUUGUGCCCCCCUGGACUGGGAGUCAAGUGGAUUGCUACAGGGGUUUCUGAUACCAUUUGCGAUCCCUGCCCUGUCGGCUUCUUCUCCAAUGUGUCAUCUGCUUUGGAAAAGUGUCACCCUUGGACAAGCUGCGAGACCAAAGGCCUGAUGGAGAUUCAGGCGGGGACUAACAAGACGGAUGCUGUCUGUGGUCCCCCACCUCGGAUAAGAGCCUUGGUGGUGAUCCCCAUCACGAUGGGGAUCCUGCUUGCUGUCCUGUUGGUGUCUGCCUGUGUCAGUGAGUCCCCAGGAAAAGUGGCCAAGGAGCCAGAGAAUAAGUUUAUGUGGCAGGACCCCGUGGAGGACCUGGAGGAUCUUCCUGGGCCCGCCCAGUCCAUUGCUCCGGUACAGGAGACCUUACACGGCUGCCAGCCGGUGACCCAGGAGGACGGCAAAGAGAGCCGCAUCUCGGUGCAGGAGAGAGUAUGAGGCAGCGCGUGCCCAGGAGUGUGGCAGCAGGAGAAGACGGGCGCGCGGCCGCAGAGCCUGGGGAGCCUGGAGCUGCCGCUGGGGCUGCUGCGCUGGGCGUCAGGGGGCGGGGCACCCCCCCUCCCCCGCGCACCCCUGUGGUGCAGAGACCGAGAACCUUCCACCCCCGCCCCGGAGCCCAGGCCAUCUCCCAAGUUGCUUUUAAAGAUGAAGGCGAAACUUUUUGGCGGCCAUGUAGUAAUACCCACCAAACCCUCCAACUCAGCAGUUCAGUGCCCGGAGAGAUGAUCGUGGUGGUUUCUAGGAGCCCAGGAAGACAUAUACGCGAAUAUCCGUUGCGGCGUUGUUUGUGAUAGUGGACGACUAGAAGCCACUUAACUGUCCAUCAGCAGGGGACUGGCUAAAUAAAAUUGUAAUAUAUUUAUACAACAGGAUCUCAAAAACUGUCGUGGAAAAAAAAAAAAGCAGGUUGCAGAAUGAUGGGUCUGGAAACUUUUUUUUUUUUAAAGCGCAUACCCCCAAACAAUAGGAUAUAUCAUCCAAGGAUACGUGUGUAAACAUAACAUACCAAUGUAUAUGUAGGUAUGACAAGUGUUCUGGAAGGAUACACAGAAAACGCACAGCUUCAAGAGUUGUGAUGUCUGGGUUGGGGAAGAAGGGUUGGGGAAGGGUUAAACGAAGAUUUGACUUUUUUCCCCCAAAAAGAGAGUGAGUUCAUAUAAUCCUUAUGUAAUUAAAGUCAUCAGGGGCGCCUGGGUGGCUCAGUCGUUAAGCGUCUGCCUUCGGCUCAGGUUAUGAUCCCGGGGUCCUGGGAUCCAGCCCGGCGUUGGGUUCCCUGCUGGGGGGAAGCCUGCUUCUCCCUCUCC